AUGUUUGGCUUUGGUGGUAAGAAUCAAUUCCAGGUCGAUGGACAGACGGUUCUUAUCACUGGAGGCUCGGAGGGAAUGGGCCGGAGUGUUGCAAUCGAGCUAUCAAAGAAAGGCGCAAACAUCGUCAUUGUAUCUCGAACUGUCUCUAAGCUUGAGGCUGCAUUAAACGAUAUCAAAGCCGCAGCGUUAUACCCAGAGAAGCAGAAGUUUCACUAUGUCAGCGCAGACCUGAAAGACUACGAAGGCACUGAGCAUGCCCUAGAGCAAGUCACCAAAUGGAACGGAGGUCAGCCUCCUGAUAUCGUCUGGUGCUGUGCUGGAAUGUCACUUCCUGGAUUCUUCGUCACCACUCCACCAGAGACCUUAAAGUCUCAGAUGGAUACGAUUUAUUGGACUGCUGCGUUUACCGCGCACUCGACUCUGAGCAGAUGGCUGUCUCCCGUUGACCCCAGUUCAAGGAGCGCAAAGACUUCUCCCCGCCAUAUUAUCUUCACUUCUUCGGCUGCAGUGUUUGUACCCUUGGCUGGCUAUGGCCCGUACAGCCCUGCAAAGGCCGCUAUGAGAGCUCUAGCAGACACCCUCGUCCAGGAGAUUGAAGUAUACAAUGGAUCAAGAAAGAACAUGCAGCAACCGGCUCCAGCUGCUGAUGUCAAGAUCCAUAUCGUUUACCCAAUGGGAAUUCUCUCGCCAGGAUUUGCCCACGAACAGACCAUCAAGCCGGAUCUCACCAAACUGUUAGAGGAAGCCGAUAAGCCACAAACACCGGAUGAAGUUGCUAAGAUAUCUAUUAAGGGCCUGGAGAAGGGUGAGUAUAUGAUCACGACUAUGCUUAUUGGAAAUUUGAUGAAAUGCGCUGCAAUGGGAGGCAGCCCUCGAAACAACAUCAUCAUGGACACCCUUACUAGCAUGGUCAGCGCCAUUGCAUUCAUCUUUGUCGUUCCGGACCUGGCAGGCAAAGCGUGGAACUGGGGUCGUACCCAUGGAGUUCCUAAGUCAAGUUGA